GGGAAGACAUGCCAAUCAGAUCCUCCUCUUGCCCUAGUGCGCCAUGGGCUUCUGGCAAUCUAACUAAAGUACACCGAAUCUGGAACCCCGUGACCAAUAGGGGUUCGGACAUCGGGGUGUGUGGUUCUCUUUGCUCGUUUCUGUCAAAAGGCCCAAACCUACAUUUAAGAUUUAUUUCAAUGCUGAUGAAGAAAAAGGUUUCCCCCAUCCUGCGGGGGGAUAACGUUCUGUCCAACUUACCGAGUCAUUCUUACCCUCUUGGUGCACAAUCUGAAUCGACUACUGAUUAGGGCUCUGAGUACGGAGUACAACUUCCGCGGCACACACGUAGCGGCUCACUAGUGCGCAUUCAACGUCCUUCUCUCCUAAAUCUUAGUGUGUUCCUUCCAAGAUAUGUGCAUAAGAUGCAAUUUUUUAUCUCCUGGUCGGUGGCGGGGAGGGGGCGCACCGUCUCUUGGCGCCCUAUGAUGGAUCCCGAUAUACGAAGAGUCAUCGGAAGACGGACGGCAUCUCGUCGGAUAUUGCCCGUUUCUCUCUAACUGCAGGGCUUGUGCUCCUCAACAAGCCUAUCACUCUCUCUCUCGGUUCGACUGUGAAUUCGUAUUCACUUUCAUGCUACCUCCUGAAAGCAGUAACGAAGAAUGGUUGGCGUACCGCGCAGCACUGGCUGUCGCGCCUGUCUCCAGCGGCGGGUCAAAUGCGACCAAACCCGUCCAGCGUGUCUCCGCUGUGUAAAGCGAAAAAUAGCCUGUCCCGGUUAUCAAAAGAGAUUCCAAUUCUACCAUAAAACUGCCCCCGCCGUCGUCAAGUCGAUUCCCGAUCGCGACGAUCAACGACCACCGCCGCAAAAUGCGAAGCACCAACAAAUGCUCCUCAUCCGUCGGAUGGACCAGACCUUGGCCCCCAACCUGACCGCAACCGCCCUCGAUACUCAGCUCAAAGAGGUCUUCUCGGAUGUCGUCUCCGCCAUCUUCCCGAACCUAUAUGCCGCCUUCUCCGCCCGCGUCGACCUCACCUGGGUCGACUUCGUCCGCCACCACUCGGCCGCCCAGCCCAGCGCCGUGAACUGGGGCAUCCGCUGCCUGAACACUUGGUAUUUGGCGCGGCGACAUCGAGAUGACGGCCAGCUGCAGGUUAGUCGACAUAUGUAUAAUCGGGCCCUGCGCGGGCUGGUCCAGGCGCUGCGUGACCCGACGAAGGUCAAAUCGGAUUCCACGCUCGCGGCCGCGAUGGCCCUGGGUGUAUACGAGAUGCUGGACGGGGUGGGCCCGAAUUCAUGGUUGGUGCAUUCGCGGGGGAUCGGGGCGCUGUUCCGAUUGCGUGGGGCGGAUGCCCAUCGCUCUGGCUUCGGGCGGACCAUGUACACCACGUACCGGGCGUUUCUGGUGGCGGAGGCGUUUGUGUGCCAGGAGGCGUGCUUCUUGGAGGGUGAGGAGUGGAGGAAGAUGAAUCGGGACGCCCUGCGGGCGGAGGAGCGUGAGGGGAAGGCCGGGCAACUGGGUGAAAUCACCGAGACGGCGUUUGGCGAAGUCUUGCUUUGUCCGGGGUACUUGGUGCGUACGCGCGAAGCGAUUACGGGGCCGACCUCUGAGGAGUCGAGGGAGGCGUUGGCGGCGGCGAUUCGCUGCAGUCGAGACAUUCUGCGAGGUUUGCAGGGACGGUUGGCGGCCAUUUUGGAGCUUCGUUUGAAUGGUCCGGUCGUUCAGAGGAGGAAUACCCUGCAUGGGCAUGUUCCUGAGGAGUUCGCGCAUACUAUUUCGCAUAGGAGUCUGCGGGGGAUAGACUCGGCGCUGGCGCUGCUGGAUCAGCUUCUUGUGCUGCUUGUUGCUAAGAAAAUCCGCAUGCUGGGUUCGGUUGAUAGCGAACCCGGAGAGAGUCCUUGGGAUACGGUCACAUAUCGACCGGCUCCGGAGGGCCCAGCGCCCGUCAGUGAAGAGAAGCUGGGUGAAAACCCGGUCGAGGCCCUCGAUUGGCUCGAUCAGCUUGCACUGUCUAUGGGGACUCUGGCACUCAAGACAUGAGGAAUUUUUGGCUCCGCGUCAUUGAGGCCCGGUUACCAUGUCGACCAGGACCAUUCCUUUCAUUUAUUCUCUUGCCCAGUAAAUCGGGCCUGUUCUGCGUUAUUUUUGUUCUAUUUUUGUUCAGCUGAGCAUAACUACUGCCUACAAUGCUUCGUUGUCCCCGCAACCUUAAGAAUGCGGAAGAACAAGCCUUGAGUAUGCUGUCGAACCGAUGGCUAGUCCCGGUCGCCACAA